AUAGUGUAUCCCGCCCCUCCCCCGCUGGCCGCCACCUCCCCUGGUUCCCUCCCUUUGACGCUCGCCGUGUGUCCCCAUGACCCUUGCCCUGCCACCCCUCAGCGAACUCCUCAUCCCCAGACCCCAUGGAGUGGAGAGGGGCCGGCUGCCGUCUGCUGCGGCGUCUUCACGCGUGGUCGUGCGGGCGGGGGGCGCAGAGCCUGGACCUUGGGGUGUGGCCCGGGGGCGUUGAGGGGCCCAGGUAGCCGUGGGCACCUACCCCCAGAGCCCCAGAGGUGCAGGCGAGCCCCCCAAGGGGCUGGAGAUGGACAGCGGGAAGCGUUUGUUUAAGGCCUUCCUGGGGAAGAUGCCACAGUCGCAGCCACAGCCGUCCCAAGAGAACGGGCAGCCCUCGGCUCCACCAAGCCCAGCGGUGGCCUGGGGCCAGCCCGGGGCCCCGAGCAGCAGUCAGCAGGUGCUGCAGACUCAGGACUGGGAGGAUUCUGAACCACUGCGCCACCAGGGAAGCCCCAGUCCCUGCUUUAAACGCGAAUUAACAGCCAAGGGCACCAGACAUUCGGGGAAGAUCUCUGUCAUGAAGGAGAGCAAAACACCUGGAAAGAAAGGAGUCAGAAGGAGCACAGUGCCAGGCAGAGCACAGCAGAGCUGGAGAUGUGUCACCAUCCGCGAGGUGACCUGCGCCAUCUUGGAAACAUUGGCCCACGCAGCCGAGCAAGAGGGGCGGAGAACGCGAGCAACUGCGGAGGAGGUGAUGCCGGCAUCACGGGAGACACGUGACUGCGCCCCGCCAGCACAGGAAAGUGGACUGAAUCCACCCACAGCAGGGGGUUUGGGAAGAGGGUGCAGACAACUGCUCGGAAAUCAGACCGGGCAGCAGCCGGAGGGCCACGACCUCCGCGGUGUGCGAGACGCAGGGGAGCAGGCCCCCAGCCGCCGCUGGAACGUCAGCAUAGACGAGCGCUGGAGGCUGGCCGUGCUGGGUGGCGGCGAGAGGCCGGGCCUCGCCGGGGCGACCCUCUCCUACAGGGACCUCGCGCAGAUCGUGGCCCAGCUGGUGUCCCAGGACGAGGACAAGGGCGUGCUCUUACCCCAUCCACCGAGGUCCGCCGAGUCCAGCAGCGCCUUCCAAGCCUUCCUGGUCCGGAGCGCGCCUUUCUGGCACAACGUGACUCUGGAGGCCCAGGCCUCGAGGUCGCCGCCCUCCUAAUAGACGACUCAG